AUGGCCUCUGAAGACAUUGCCAAGUUGGCAGAGACGCUAGCCAAAACCCAGGUGGCUGGGGGACAGCUGAGUUUCAAGGGCAAGAGCCUCAAACUCAACACUGCAGAAGAUGCCAAGGAUGUGAUUAAAGAGAUUGAAGACUUCGAUGGCUUAGAGGCUCUGCGGCUGGAGGGCAACACGGUGGGCGUGGAGGCCGCCCGGGUGAUCGCCAAGGCCUUGGAGAAGAAGUCGGAGUUGAAGCGGUGCCACUGGAGCGACAUGUUCACGGGGCGGCUGCGGUCUGAGAUCCCACCAGCCCUGAUCUCACUAGGGGAGGGACUCAUCACCGCCGGGGCCCAGCUGGUGGAGUUGGACCUAAGCGACAACGCCUUCGGGCCUGACGGCGUGCGAGGCUUCGAGGCCCUGCUGAAGAGUUCCGCCUGCUUCACCCUGCACGAGCUCAAGCUCAACAACUGCGGCAUGGGCAUCGGUGGUGGCAAGAUCCUGGCGGCAGCUCUGACUGAGUGUUACCGGAAGUCCAGUGCCCAGGGCAAGCCGUUGGCCCUGAAGGUCUUCGUGGCUGGCAGGAACCGUCUCGAGAACGACGGAGCCACUGCCUUGGCAGAAGCUUUUGGGGUCAUAGGGACUCUGGAGGAGGUCCACAUGCCCCAGAAUGGGAUCAACCACCCCGGCAUCACCGCCCUGGCCCAGGCUCUCGCCAUCAACCCCCUGCUGCGGGUCAUCAACCUGAACGACAACACCUUCACGGAGAAGGGCGCCGUGGCCAUGGCCAAGACCCUGAAGACCCUGCGGCAGGUGGAGGUGAUCAACUUCGGGGACUGCCUGGUGCGCUCCAAGGGCGCCGUGGCCAUUGCAGAUGCCGUGCGCGGGGGCCUGCCCAAGCUGAAGGAGCUAAACUUGUCGUUCUGUGAAAUCAAGAGAGAUGCUGCUCUGUCUGUGGCCGAGGCUGUGGCAGACAAGGCUGAGCUGGAGAAACUGGACCUCAAUGGCAACGCCCUGGGGGAAGAAGGCUGUGAGCAGCUCCAGGAGGUUCUGGACAGCUUCCACAUGGCCCAGGUGCUGGCGUCCCUCAGUGAUGAUGAAGGUGAAGAUGAGGAUGAGGAGGAGGAGGAAGAAGAGGAAGGAGAAGAAGAGGAGGAGGAGGACGAUGAAGAGGAGGAGGAAGAAGAGGAGGAGGAGGAGGAGGAGCCGCAGCAGGGAGGGCAAGGAGAGGAGUCAUCCACCCCGUCAAGGAAGAUUCUGGACCCCAACAGUGGGGACCCGGCUCCCGUGCUGUCCUCCCCGCCGCCCGCCGACGUCUCCACCUUCCUGGCCUUCCCCUCCCCCGAGAAGCUGCUGCGCCUGGGGCCCAAGAGCUCCGUGCUGAUAGCCCAGCAGACUGACACCUCUGACCCAGAGAAGGUGGUCUCCGCCUUCCUGAAGGUGUCCUCUGUGUUCAAGGACGAAGCCGCCGUGAGGGCCGCGGUACAGGACGCAGUAGACGCCCUGAUGAAGAAGGCCUUCAGCUCCUCCUCCUUCAACCCCAACAUCUUCCUCACCAGGCUCCUCAUCCACAUGGGCCUGCUCAAGAGUGAAGACAAGGUCAAGGCCAUUGCCAACCUGUAUGGACCCCUGAUGGCACUGAACCACAUGGUGCAACAGGACUACUUCCCCAAGGCCCUCGCUCCCCUGCUGCAGGCAUUCAUGACCAAGCCCAACGGCGCCCUGGAGGCCUGCUCCUUCGCCCGCCACAACCUGCUGCAGACGCUGUACAAGGUCUGA